AUGGCUUCCAGCAAUCCGUACGAGGUGCUCGGCGUCCCUCAAGACGCUCACGAUGACGCGAUCAAAGCGGCAUACCGCAAGCAAUCCCUCCUUUACCACCCAGACAAGCAUCCCGACGACACCGCCGCCGCCACAGAGCGGAUGAAAAAAAUCAAUGAAGCCUACGAAAGCCUCAAACCAGAGAACCGCACCGCUACCGAUGAGGCGCUUGGCAAGACAUCCAGCUCACGAGCGCAGGCGCCAGAGCAUCAGCGUCAAGGGUCUGGGUCUCCCUUUGCGCAGCGAGCGGGCUCGCACCGCGCGGGCGACAACUUCUGGUGGCAGAAUCGGUCCUACGGGCAGCAGCGCCGGCAGCAGCAGCAAGAGCAGGCUAGGAGGGAACGGGAGAGGAGCGCUCGGGCGUGGCGAGAAGCUGAGGAACAAGCAGAGCGCGAUCGGCGAGCGCAGCAGGCGCGGGAGCAAAAGCGUCAAAGAGAACAGGAAAAUAUCAAGCGGUACUGGGAAGAGGGGCGUGAACAGCGCGAACGCGAGGCGCGGGAGAGGGAAGAGGUAGAGCGGGUGAGGCGGGAAAAAGAAGAGCGGCAGAGGCGAGAAGAUGAAGAAGAGGCGACGAGGAAACGCCAAGAAAAAGCCAACAGGAUUCGCGAGGUGCGAGAACAAUCCCAGCGAGCCUUCAGGGCAAUGGAAGAGCGAGAGUAUCAGAAGAAGCGCGCGGCAGAAGAGGAGGUACGGAAGCGCUUGAUAGAGCGAGAGCUCGCCCGACAAAGAUGGGAGAGAGAGCAGAGGCAGUCCGCUCAGUUUGUUGAGCUCUACCAGCGCCACGACGCCGUGUACAAAGAGUGGCUGCAGCUGGAGGCAGAGUACAACAACCUUUUGCCGCUCGUGCGCUUGGAUCUUAGCGGACCUGAUCCGCUUGCCCGAUAUAUCUCUCGGUCAGUACUCGAUACCCAGGACGCUGUUGGUGGCCAAGCUCACCCAUACCGCACAGAAUGGAUCACUUGGAUGGACCAUUUUAGGGUGGCGUGGCCAAACAUGUACUUGUUCGGUAAGUCAUGCAUCGAUACCGGCCCACUGCUGAAUAACGCUCGGAUCAAGAUCGAACAACUCGAAGACUACACGAGGAAACUGCUAAUUCUCUUCCAGACGCUCAAGCAGGAGGACGCAAUCACGAGACAGCAACACAAACAUUCAAAGAAACAGAAAAAACGCUGUCCUUACUUCAACAAUGAAGCAGCGAACAUCGCCAUCGCCAAAGCUAUGCACAGAGACAUCAGGCGGCGCGUGGAGGUAUUUAACUUGUCACCAUGGGACGCUAGAGUUGUUAGGGAGGUCGCAAGGGAGUGGGAUCCUGAUUUCCAGGUAGGGAAAUGUAAAGCCCGGAGGUCAAGGAGCCCGGGCCGUCUUGUGCUGACUCGGCAGCUUGAAGUCCAGCUUGCGAAGGUUCUAAGGUAUCGGACUGACGUGGAAGAGUCAUGA